CGCGGCCUUGCUGAGGAAAGGCGAGCAAGACCUGCAGUGUUCUCAUUUCCCGCCAGGUGGCGAAGCAGGAACCGCUUAUGCCGUGUCACAUGAACCUAACGCUGAAACUCGUCCUCGAAUGACCCCCGCCAGGCUGCUCUUCUUGUAGCCAUUCCUCGAGUCUAGUGAGGGGAGUUUUGUGGCGCUUUUGGUUGUAAGAGAAGCAGCCUCCGCCUCCGGAUUCGGUGCAAACAGAGGUUGGUGUCGUAGGCAGGGUUUGCCAGGCAGUAUUUGACUGUACCAGGUACAACCACCACCAGCAGCAAAGAUCGAAAUGUGUUGGGAGGGAGCGUGAUUGCUGGAGAUCUCCCCGAAGGCUGGAGAGAAAAGGCAGGCUCCACCCUGCGCAGGCACGGGGCGGGCGAUGGAGCGAUUGCGUGGUCGCUUCCACAACAAACUAACGGAGUUUCGUAUUAUUAUUGUAUUUUUUUGUUUUUGCCACGGCGAGUAGCACGGGGCUGGGGUUCGCGCGGGUUGUUGGGAACAACGGAUGCUGGCUGUAGUAGGCUGGUUAGUCCGCCUGCCUCUCUGUCUGGGGCUUUCUCUGCCUGCUGCUAGUUCUCGGCUGCUAGUUCUCGGCAGUGUGGAAACAAUCCAGGCGUUUCACGUCCAGCAGCAGAUCCUCAAGGAAGCGAGUCAAACUGCCCGAAAGUGUAUAUUUAGUUCCCAGGAGAUUUCUCUUGUAGCUAAAAUCAGAUUGUCAGGAGGGCUUAACUUGAAGGCAUCUGGUGUCUGUUCUAGGUUUGCAUGAUGGAAUUUAAGUUUGCACAAGAGAGACUGCACAUCUUCUGUUUGUUGACAGAAUACUGCUGACAUUUUCCACGUUUUUCUGUACCCUGGUGUGGUGGUCUUGAUAUUUUGCCCAAGAAAACAUACAAUGGAUCUUAAGGAAAGUUGCCCAAGUGUUAGCAUCCCCAGCUCCGAUGAACACAGAGUGAAGAAAAAGAGAUUUACUGUUUACAAAGUUUUGGUCUCAGUUGGCAGUAAUGAAUGGUUUGUCUUCAGGCGAUAUGCUGAGUUUGAUAAACUGUACAAUACGCUAAGGAAACAAUUUCCCACUAUGAACUUGAAGAUUCCUGCUAAAAGAAUAUUUGGAGACAAUUUUGAUCCAGAUUUCAUUCAACAGAGAAGAACAGGCCUGAAUGAAUUCAUUCAGAAUUUAGUACGGCAGCCGGAACUGUGCAAUCAUCCAGAUGUUAGAGCAUUUCUUCAGAUGGACAAUCCAAAGCACCAGUCUGAUCCAUCUGAAGAUGAGGAUGAAAGAAACAGUCAAAAGCUAAACUCUACCUCACAGAAUAUCAACCUGGGACCAUCUGCAAACCCUCAUGCUAAACCAACAGACUUUGACUUCUUGAAAGUUAUUGGGAAGGGAAGUUUUGGCAAGGUGGUUCUUGCAAAACGAAAACUGGAUGGAAAGUUCUAUGCUGUUAAAGUGCUGCAGAAAAAGAUUGUUCUCAACAGGAAAGAGCAAAAACAUAUUAUGGCUGAACGUAAUGUGCUGUUGAAAAAUGUGAAACAUCCAUUUCUAGUGGGAUUGCAUUAUUCAUUCCAAACUACAGAGAAGCUUUACUUUGUUCUGGAUUUUGUUAAUGGAGGAGAGCUCUUCUUUCAUUUGCAAAAAGAACGGUCCUUUCCUGAACACAGAGCCAGGUUUUAUGCUGCUGAAAUCGCUAGUGCAUUGGGUUACCUGCACUCCAUAAACAUUGUCUACAGGGAUCUGAAACCAGAAAACAUUCUUCUGGAUUCACUGGGACAUGUUGUCUUAACAGAUUUUGGGCUUUGUAAAGAAGGAAUUGCUACUUCUGACACCACAGCAACAUUCUGUGGGACACCGGAGUACCUGGCCCCAGAGGUGAUCAGAAAGCAACCUUAUGAUAACACAGUGGACUGGUGGUGCCUUGGUGCCGUUUUGUAUGAAAUGCUCUAUGGUCUGCCUCCUUUUUACUGUCGUGAUGUCGCGGAGAUGUAUGAAAACAUUCUUCACAAAUCCCUACAAUUAAGGCCUGGCAUCAGUCUUACAGCUUGGUCUAUUUUGGAAGAACUUUUGGAGAAAGACAGGCAAAACAGGCUUGGAGCUAAAGAAGACUUUCUUGAAAUUCAAAGGCACCCCUUCUUUGAGUCUCUCAAUUGGACUGAGCUCCUACAAAAGAAGAUCUCACCGCCAUUUAAUCCUAAUGUGGCUGGCCCAGAUGAUAUCAGAAACUUUGACACAGCAUUUACAGAGGAAAUGGUACCCUAUUCAGUUUGCGUUUCUUCUGACUAUAAUAUUGUAAAUGCCAGUGUGCUGGAAGCAGAUGAUGCAUUCAUUGGAUUUUCUUAUGCACCACCUUCUGAAGACUUAUUUCACUGAUAUUUCUGGAGCUAAGAAGUGCAUCACAAAUCAUCUUUAGAUGGACUGAAAUAUCUUUGAUUGUGAUCUGAUUCUAAAAUAUGUGCAACUAGUGCCUCAUUUGAUAUGUUGAACAAACUUUCUCUGCUGUAAUAUGAGGAACUUGGGCAUUUUGGAUUACUUCCUUAGACUGUUACACCUGCUGCACAACAGUAUGUUUAGAACAAAUACCUGUUGUUAGCUGUUCUUAAUCUUUUUAAGCAAGGAUGCUGACUGUUUUCCCUCCAGUUUACAUUAACAUCUCCAGAAUUGGCUGUCUUUAAUAGCAGCACACUUAGCACAUUUAAAUGCCUUUUCAACUGUCUAGGGCAUCUUUGUGCUUGAAAUGUUACUAUGCAAUUAUUUAUGUAUAUCAUUGUUCCAAAAAUUGUAAGUUUACCCAGUAUAAUUUUUAAAGCCAAGUUUAUUCCUUCAUUUUUAUUUUCUAACUGUAAUAAGAAGCAAAGAUCUGCAUAACAUUGUUCACUUUAAGGCCAGACUGUGCCACCUUCAGUCAUGGUGGACCCAGAAUUUGAGCCAUUUUCCACUUUACUCAAGUAAUUUGAUUCAUUCCAUUUGUAAAGCCUAGAAAUAUGAGGUAGAACAAGUUAGCCUUAAAAGACCUGUUGAUGACAACACAUCUCAUAAUGACUAUAACUUUUCUCUUCUUGUAGAAGAAGCUAAGUGACUUUUUCCCAAAGAAAUAGAUGAAAAAUGUAUUGCAUUUGUAGAAGGGGAACUUCCUUCCUGUAUCUGGAAUACUAAUAUAUUACAACUUGAUUGUAUUGUAUUAAAAUUUAUACUUGCGAUCUA